AGCACAUUGGUGAUAUUUGAUUGGAAUUUUUAGGGUUAUUAUUUGUUGUUUUUAAAAACUGCAAUAUGAAGUUCAAACAGAAAAAGAAUACAAAACAAACAUUAUCUGAUAAAAUAGCAGAUGCAUUGACUGUAAAACCACGAGCUGAUAUUGAAGAUGAUGAAAUAUUUAAUACAAAACCAAGUACAGUUACACGAGCAGAUUAUAGUAGUUCCUCUGACGAAGAUGAAGCUUUAAUAAGUGAUUUUCGCAAGCGAAACGUGAACUUGCUUAGUGAUAUAAGCAAAAAGUAUGAAGGCAAGGUUGUAUCUAAAAAGGAAUUGGAAGAAAACAGUUCAGAUGACCAAGUUUCAGAUGACGUAAGUGAAGACGAUGAAAACGAGAAGAAGAGUCAAUCUGGUAAGGAUAUAUCAGUUGAGGAAGAGACUGGAGAUGAAAGCGACGAUUAUAGCAUAACAAAAUUCCAAAAACAGCUUCAAAGCGAUUCAGAUGAUGAGAAAUCGUCAGAAAACGAUGAUGGUGAUCAGGAAAGUGACGUAUCUGAUGAUGAAGGAGAAGGGUAUGAUAUCAGUCAAAUGGAGGAGCCAAUCAAAGAACAGUUUGAACAUGUCAAGAAGCAGGAUGUAUCGGAGGAAGCUAAAAAGGGUAUUUGUGUGAGAAAUCAAUUGUUAAUCUGGGAAGGACUUUUGGAAAUGAGGAUUCAUUUACAAAGGUGUAUGAAUACAGCAAACAAAAUGCCCAUGAGUGACACUUAUAAAGAGUUAAAGAUGAACUCUGAUUUUGCAGAAGAAAGUAGUAAAACCUUAAAUAAUGUUACUACAAUUUUAGACAAAUUUUUAACACUACAAAGUAUGCUGCUAAAGAAUUUUCCAGAAACAAAAUCACUAUUGAAAGGUAAACAAAGCCAGGAUUCUAAAGUGGAAGAAAAGAAGGAAGAAAGUGAUGAAGAAAUACCAAGUGACACAGACAAUGAAGAAAUUCCAUCUGAUACAGAUACUGAAGAACCUACUAAACCUGUAGAAAACAAAGAACCAACGAAAGCUAAAAAAUUGCCUAAAAAGCGUAAACUAGAAGAUUACGAAAGUGAUAUAGCAACAUGUUACAAGUCAUUCAAAUCAUUCAGAGAUUCAACUAUCCAAAAAUGGAACGACAAAACUCGUAUAGCAACAGCUGCGAAUAUAAAAAAUGCACCAACAAACACAAUACUACAACAAAUAUCAUACAUUCUUUCUGAUAAGCAAAAGCUGAUAAGACGAACCCAGUUGAAACGAUCCGAAUAUGAUAUUAUUGGAUACAAAAAAGACGACAGUGAGGAACAAAAUGGUUCAGAAAUUAACCCGAUUACGAGAAGUAGAAAGGAUGACGAUGAAUACGUACCGGAAAUAUUUGAUGACAGCGAUUUUUAUCAUCAAUUAUUGAGGGAAUUGAUUGAAUGUAAAUCGGCAGAUAUUACUGAUCCUGUCCAGUUGAGUAGGCAGUGGAUAGCCUUACAGCAAAUGAGGAGCAAAAUGAAACGAAAGGUGGAUACGAAAGCAACUAAGGGACGGAAGAUUAAGUAUGUAGUACAUAAUCCACUGGUGAGCUACAUGGCUCCAGAGAAAUCAACUAAAUGGAACGAAGAGAGUGCCAAUGAAUUGUACAGUUCCUUAUUUGGUAAAUUGUUUGAACAUAAUAACGUUGGGCUAAAUGUCAAUUUGGAUGAUAAGAAAUAAAUAAUUUUUAGUCUC